AUGGCCCCUUCCAACAUGAAGGUUGAUCCCAGCCAUCACCUGUUCUGUCGUUCUGCACAACUCAGACCCCUCCGCCGACCCAAUAGCCCGUCCUCACUCCCAUCUACCGCUGGAUGUGCUGUAGCCAACACCGUGUCUCAUCUCAACUGGUGGCAGGAUAUCAACCAGCAAGAAGCACCAGACGCAAAGUUAUCUGCACUUAACACCGA